ACAAGUUUCAACAUGCAAUCAAAUGUUGUUGGAGAUGAUAAUAAUAAUGAAAAUCAAGUGAUGAUGAACAACAACAACAACAAUAACAAUAAUCAGUUUGUUCUCACAACUGCACCAGAAACUUCACCACAUGAUGAAAUCCCCAUCACUCUAUGCAGUUCUCCACUCAACUUCAUGCAACAGUUCAGAACAAUGAAUAAGAACAACGAUAACAACAAUAACAACAAUGCAUUUUCUGAAGAAUACCAAGGUUCAAUAUUCCUCCAUGAAAACCAAAACAACAAUAACCAGCCAAUGAAAGCAGCAGCAAUGGAGGAAGAAGAAGAAGAAGAGCAGCAAGUGGGGACAAAGGAGAAUAAUAACAACCACAAAAAUGAAGGAGGAGUUGUUGGUGUUGGAAGGUCAGAUUCAAUGUCAGAUUGCAGUGAUCAGAACGAAGAAGAGGAAGAUGGAAAAUAUAGAAGGAGGAAUGGAAAAGGGAACCAGUCAAAGAACCUUGUUGCGGAAAGAAAGAGAAGGAAGAAACUGAAUGACAGGCUGUACAAUCUUCGUUCAUUGGUUCCAAGAAUAUCCAAGCUUGAUAGAGCUUCCAUUCUUGGCGAUGCAAUUGAGUUUGUUAAGGAUUUGCAAAAGCAGGUCAAGGAUCUUCAAGAUGAACUUGAGGACAAUAACAACAAUUCUGACACUACUGCUGUUGAUCAUCAUGAUAGUAGCAACCAGUUUCUUGAUCAUUUCGGAGCAUCCUAUGUUGUCCCAAAUCACAAGCAUAUGCAGCAAGAAGCAGUGGAUGCCACUACUAUUACCAUGGACAAGCAGCACUCCCAACAAAUGGAGCCGCAAGUGGAAGUGGCAGUGAUAGAUGGGAAGGAGUACUUUGUGAAGGUAUUCUGUGAGCACAGAGCAGGUGGGUUUGUGAAAUUGAUGGAGGCACUCAACACCUUAGGCAUGGAUGUUGUACAUGCCACUGUCACUAGCCACAAAGGCCUUGUCUCUAAUGUCUUCAAAGUUGAGAAAAAGGAUAGUGAUAUGGUGGAGGCUGAGGAUGUGAGAGACUCAUUGCUAGAGCUUACAAGGAACCCAUCAUAUAGGGUGUGGAGUAAUAAUAAUACAAAGAAUAGUAAUCCCACAUCGGAGAAUUCCAAUGGUGUUGCUGUGGGAAGGGAUCAUCAUCAUCAUCAUCAUCAUCACAUGCCCGCAUAUCAUCCCCAUCCAUUUCAUACUUAAUUUCAUGCCAUACUCUCAUAAACUUUCUUCUUAUUUUUCUUUUA